AUGACCCCUCCGAAUGCUCGCGUGGUGCGUCUGACCAACGUACCCUAUGACGUGGUUGAGGAAGACAUCCGCCAGCUCUUCGGAAGCUGCGUUGUCGUCGACCAGAUUCGCACCAUCGAUCCACAAGUGGGGACAAGCUCCAACGUCUACGUUCUGUUCUCGACUGUCCAGGACAGCAACGCUGUUGUUGAGAGGUAUGGGGACCUCUACGUUGAUGAUCAUCGCGUCACCACAAUGCUUGCGCCUACCGGUAACUAUAGCUUCAACGCCAGUCAGGACAGUUUCGCCCGGCCUAGGGAUACUGACACUGCUUCCGCCGCAGCCGAAUCGCUCUCUACAGCCCUGAAUCGCACGAUUUCGAAUAUUCUAGCUCUCGGUAUCACACGCGAAAAAGGAGCACGCCUCCAACAAGAGCAACAAGAAAGCAUUCGAGAAGAACGCUCUCGCGCGGAUUACAUCAAUGAGCAGGUUAUUCGUCUAGUUCUCAUGAAGCGCAUGAUGGCCUCUCUACCACGUUAUAAAGACCAAGAUCGGCGGAAGCAGCCUCCAGGCCGAGCCUCCAUCAAGCAUCUUGUCCCUGCUCCUGAUCUUCGGAACAGGCAAGACCCACGAAGCCGCGUGCUGUUGAUCACAGAUCUGCCGACUGAGGCCGACAAUGAUGCUGUCAUGACAUUUCUCCAAGAGUAUCGUCCCGAGUCGAUUGAUCGAACCCAAAUUGGAGGUAAUUGGAUGGUUUCUGCGCUUGUUCUCAUGCAAACUACUAAGGGCCGUGAUUGGGCUGUUAAGAAUUUGAAUGGCGAGAUGAUCCAGGGACAGAGGGUAACCGUGCAAACCUUCAGCAAUCUGACCCAAGACGUUCUCGAUCGUAUCAUGAAUCCAGAAGCUUCUGUGCCAGAUGCCAACGCCAACUCUCCGAGGCGAUCUAGAAUCGCCAGAUCGACAGUUCCUCCAGCUGCGAAGGCUCCGUACGUGCCUUUCGGGACUCCACCUGCUCAAGUACCGGUUGGCUCAGCCCCAUCAACUUCAUACUUACCGUUCGGAUCUUCAAAUCCUCUUCCAGCCGCUUCCGCUGCGCCAAAGCCUUCGGCCAUAGCAUCCAUUCUCGGAGACAAGACUCUGAAUCAGGAAUCACCUCAAGCACCCUCUGACCGGACUCAUGAAGAUAUCCGGGGCCGACGAAACCAGAUUGCGGCUGGCGACUAG